AUGAGUGAUGGCCGGCAUUCAACUUCAUCACUUCAGUCUUCAGCAGGUGUUACCUCGGCUGAAGAGUUGUCCGAAAAAUACCAAAAAUUAUUCGCCGAAUUUUCUAAGAUGAAAGCACAGCAUUCUGUAUUAAAGAAGGCUGUUAUUAAGGAACAAAAAACCAUUAGUUCAUUAGAAGAUGAAUGCAAAACCAAAGAACAGGAAUUGCGUACUUCACUACAACAGCUCGAUCUUUUAACUUUUCACAAUCAACGUCUAACCAAACGUAUCGAAAGCUUACAGGAUUCGACUGCUGCGAGGUUAUCACCUGGUUGGUUGGUGGGUUCAGCUAAGAAAGAACUUGAAAAGUCAAAAGCGACUUUAGAAGCUACCAGCAUAGAGCUGAAUAGAAAAAUUGAAGAAAAUGAAAAGUUGCAUAAUGAGCUACUUGAAGUUAACAAUUUAUAUACACAACACGUGGCUUCUCUCCAAUCUAAAAUAUCAGAAUUGGAGAAAAAAACUGAGGAGCUUCAGAUCGAAUUAACAAGAUCUCAUCUUGCUAGCGAAGAGGCUUUGAGUAUAAUACGUCAAGAGAAGCGUGAUAUUGAUAAUGAACUUGACCAAACAAGAUCGGAGCUACGGGAAAUAAGGGCGCUUAUGGAAAAGAAUGAGCAGAAAUUGAAAGAGGGUGAUGAUGUAUUGCAAACUGAAGUGAUCGUUCUUCGUGAUACAUUGAAUAUAACUCUGGGACUCUCAGAUGAAUCACAAAUAGAUCAAUUUAGUGCUUUGAGUGAAAAAAUUGAUAACGAAUCAAAUGAACUUAUCGAAAGUUUUAAACUAUUGCAAUCGAAUGCUCGAGAUUAUUUAAAAUCACUUAAAGAAAAGUCAGAUUUGUCUGACGAACUAGGUUUGAAAGUUAAAAAUUCUAGUUUAGUAUGGCAACAAAAUUUGCCAAAACUAGUGGCAAAAUUGGCAUCUACUCAAAGUCGAAUAACAGAAUUGACUGCAGAAAAAGAAAACCUUAUUAAAGCUAACGAAUCUGAAUCGGGUAAGAUCAAGAUUUUAGAAGAUCAAAUUUCUCAGCUGAAAGAAGAGCUAGAUAGGCAAAAGGCAACAUAUAAUGGUCUGGCGACAGAAAUGAAUCAGCACCAAGGUGGUAAUAACAUAGAAAAUGGCGUUGAUAGCAAUGAAGUAGCAUCAUCAGUUGUUAACGGAUUGAACGGAAUAUCAUCGAAUGGAGUAAAUCAUCAUGAUACAUUAGCGAAUAAAGAUAAUUCAGAAACAAGGGAAAAUAAUACGAAUGUUACAUCACAACAACUUCAAGAAGAAAAUGAUGAUGACGACGACGAUAAUGAGCCUUUUGUUUAUACUAAUGAUGCUGAGAAAAGAGAAAGUACUGAACUUUCAGAUCAGCCAAUUAAAGAUACCUCACGUCCAACAGCUCUGACUGUUAUGGCCACACCAAUAACAAGAUCUACAACUGACGAUAUUGAUAUUAACGCAAGUCGUAACGGUAAUUCAAACAUCCUUGAGUUGGAGCGAGAUAUAGGGUUACAAUUAUCGGAUAGUAAAUCAGUAAGACUAUUUAAGGCUACGGAAAUCAUUAAAGGAAGGUUGGCUGAAGCGGAUGAUGGGAAAUUACGAGCAGAGCAAGAAAAGAUAAGGUUACAAAAUGAAUUGGACCAAUUGAGGGAAAAAUUUCGCGAGGAACAAGAAAAUUAUAUAAGACAAAUUGAUACAAUGACAACAUGGAUCGGUAAUCAGGAAAAAACUAUUUUAGAAAAAGAGCGCCAAAUAAAUGAACUUAUGGCUGGAACUUCACACUAUGAAUAA